AUGGCCACUGUCUGGUCCGAAGAUCAACAACAAGCAGAAAAACCCACGCAUCCAGAAUGGGGUGUAAUGAAAGAACAAGACUUUCAUCCUCUUACUUUAAAGCACCAACGCGAUUUAGAGAACCUGCAUCAAUCAGGAAGUUUGAUUACGGAUUUCUACUUUUGGCAAGCUAAUUUGGGCGGUUAUUGUAUGGCAAACAUGAUCCAAAAUGUCGUAGUUUCAUCAGAGGGCGCGUUUGUGCUUGUACGACGUAUUGUCGAAGGUGCUCCACAUCCUGGCAGAAAAAAGAAGAAGAGAGUCUAA